GAUCUUAGUUAAUCAUAAAGUGUGAAGCUUCCAAGACUUCAUAAUGAGACCACAGAGUAUGGGGAGCGGCAAUAGACAGACUGAGCGACAGAUCUCAACUGAAGAUGUCAACUUCAAGAGGCGCAGAAGUUUCUCUUGGGAUACAGCCUUUUUCACUAAUGAAGGUUUUCUGGAUGCUGAGGAGUUGUCAAGCAUUAUUGAAGGAGGUGGGGAUGAUGUAAAGUACGAGUUAGAAAAAAUUGAUGAGAUUGAAAGUCUAGAAGCUAAGCUGUUUGAAGAAAUUGAAGCUUCAACGCAAAAAUCCGGAGAAAUAUCCAACCUAACUAAGUCAAGCAUCAAGGUGGCAUCAGGAAAGAAGGAUGCUCAACCAAAAAAGGUAACUGGACCUGUCGGUCCAUGCAGGGCUGCACCGAUCAAAACACAGUCAACAAGUGGGGGUUCUCCAGGGAACAUUGUUAAAUCCUCAUCAGCUACUGUGUCAAAGAGAAGCAUUGGUUCCAAACCGAGUAAGGCUAUGGCUGAUUCACCCUCCAAAACACCUCCUGGAACCAAAACGAAGAAUAAAAUGGCACCAGUUAUUACCCGUCUUCCAAGGACAUCACCUUCUAGUCCCAUUAGUCCAGGAUCAUCAUCUUCACCCUCUGCUGUCAAUCAACAGUCAAAACGAGGUAGUCUUAGAUCAUUGGUGAGCAAUGAGAAACUAUCAGCAACUAAUGCAAGAAGACAGGAUGAUCGGAAAACCGGUAAAUGUGUAGGUGGUCUAAUACUGAAGGCAACAUCAAGUAUCAGCUUGAAGAAUAAACCUCCACCGCUUAAUUCUCAUCCAACAUCACCUUUGGGGUUAUGCAACUCGACGUCAAGUUCCACAACUCAACGGCCGCCUGAAUCAUCACUAUCAACCUCUACAGUUGAUCAAAGGUCAAGAGCAAGGCGUGGUAGAGGCACUAGUGUUCAUAACAGAUCCCUAAACAGUGAUGCUUCUGCCAUAUCGACUUUAAAAGGCCACCCCACUAAUCAGAUUCCAGAGCGACAAGGAAAACAACCAGCAGGAUUUGGUUUAAAAGCUGGCUCAAGUACUCGAUCUUCUGUUCAAUCAACAGGACGUGGGAUGCCUGCAUCUAAGGGAAAGUCAUCCGAAUCUCGUGUAUUGCCUGGUAUGUCUAAAACUGAUGCUGCUCAGCAUAGCAAAUCCGGUAGCCCAAUUGGUGCAAAAGCGAGAAAGCCUUCUCCGAUCAAAAUGGUACCAAAUUCACAGAAAACUAGUAUGCCCAAAACUUCUCAAAGACAAUCAAGUGUCACAGCAAAACGGUCUAUUAGUGCUUCAAGGGGUGUGCAAAAUAUUUUCUUAAUAUCUCCAGAAGUUCUUGACAUUAAAGGUAAGAUAAAUGCAUUGAAGAUGGAAAUCGAUAUGCAAAAGAAAGAUAGAUGUAAGGAAAUCAAAAAGGUUUCUGCUGGAAGUGGUAAAGGCGACACAACUUCUAUAUAUGUUGGGCAGUAUACAAAUGAACCGAACUUCUGACAAGAAUGCACUCUAUGAUGCCAAAGAUGUCGGUAAAUAUCAAGAAGAUUUACGAAUAAAGGAAAGUUGAAAGACUGUCUUCUUUUCAUCUUUUUGAACUGGCCGUAACUUCUGAGGUUUAUUGGAGUUGCUUAAGAGGUAAAUCAGGAAAACUGAAGCUUGUAAUACGACACAGGUGUUUUAGUUGUUGGUUUCGA